GCUCCCCUCCUCCAACCUCAAUUACCUUUCCACAACCCAAUUGCCCUUCUCCCAACCAUCAACCGUCAACGCUAUGAGCAACUCCUGCCAUACCCCCUAAAAACACCCACAAUCCAGCACCCCCAUCACACGGACCCCCACAAAGACAAUCCAAAAUGCGCCUCGCCCACAUCCACUACCCGGACCUAACCUCCUUCACGCGCAUCUCCCACCUCCAACAAACCCUCACCACGCGCCUCCUCACGCACAAGAAAGCCCUCUCCGCGGCGAACGACACCGCCUCCCCGCUGCCACCGCCCCCGGACCCAACAAUCAUCACCUUCACCCCGCACCCCGUCUACACGACCGGCCGCCGCGACCUCCCGCCCUCGAACACCAGCCCGCGCGACACGACCGCCGCCGCUACACCCUCACCCUCGCCCUCCACAUCAAAUGAAUCCCAAAGCCACACCACGCUCUCCCUCCCCCCACCCCUCGAACAAAUCCGCUCCCUCCUCAUCCCGCCCACGCCCUACCCGUCUUCCCAGGACCAACCCCCAGGGAAAGCAGAAUACCACCCCACCCUCCGCGGCGGACAGACCACCUACCACGGCCCGGGCCAGAUGGUCGCGUACACGAUCCUCGACCUGCGGCGCCUGGGGCUGACCCCGCGCUGCCACAUCCGCCUCCUGGAGAACAGCGUGAUCGACGUGCUGGCCUCGUACGGGGUGCGGGGCUUGGUGACCGAGGAUCCGGGCGUAUGGGUGCAGCCGCCCUCCUCGCCCUCACCGCUACCCAGCCAAUACGGGAACGGAGAUGAUACUGCGGCGCAGCAGCUACCCCACAAGAUCACGGCGGUCGGGGUGCAUCUGCGGCGGAACAUCAGUAGCUUCGGCAUCGGGUUCAACGUCACCCAGGAGCCCAUGUGGUGGUUCCGGCAGAUCGUGGCGUGCGGGCUGGAAGGGCGCGAGGCCACCAGUCUGGCGGGUCUCGGCGUGCAGGCGGAUAUCCCGGCGGUGGCGGGCCGGUUUGUCCAGGCGUUUGUGCGGCGCGUGAAUCGCGAUUUUGCGGCGCAGGGCGGGAAGGGGAAGGGGGAGGGGAUUGAGGAGGUUUAUUCGGUUAGUGAGGAGGAUUUGUUGAGGGAGUAG